GGCCCACCGCUGAACGGCGUGUACGUUGAAUACAAGUUAAACAAAGAAAUGUCGAUUAAUGUAAAGGAAGUCGUAUUUAGAAAUACCAAGACGCCGGCAUUGCUUUCAGACUCAUCUUUAUCAUUUACAGGUGCUGUCUUCAGAUUACCACCAACAGCCAAUGCAUAGAAAAGUUCCUGGAUUAACGCAGAAUUAACACAAAGCGGGGACGCCACCUCAGCCAAACAUCGCAGACCAGCAAGCGACCGAGCUAGCAGAGAGAAAAGUGAUUGUGGAGCACAGCAGAGACUGAAACUCUGAUACCCCAAAAGCCGAAAACGAGUCCCGGAGUGCACAGAGAUCCUGCGGCCGGGGACGGGCAUCCUUGCUUCAGAAGCAUGGAGGAAAAACAAUUUUCUGGCAUUUUGAACGGUGCAGUUCCAGGGGAGCCUGUGAAGAAAGAUGAAAACUCCAGACGGGGAAACUGGGGAAACCAGAUUGAGUUUGUCCUCACCAGUGUGGGCUACGCAGUUGGGCUUGGUAAUGUCUGGAGGUUUCCUUACCUCUGCUACCGAAAUGGAGGAGGUGCCUUCAUGUUCCCGUACUUCAUCAUGCUGGUGUUUUGUGGCAUCCCUUUGUUCUUCCUGGAGCUCUCAUUUGGGCAGUUCACCUCUCUCGGAUGCCUGGGAGUCUGGAAGGUCAGCCCCAUGUUUAAAGGUGUGGGCUAUGGAAUGAUGGUGGUCUCUACAUACAUUGGAAUCUACUACAAUGUGGUGAUUUGCAUCGCAUUUUAUUACUUCUUCAUGUCAAUGACAAACGUGCUGCCCUGGACGUACUGUAACAACCCCUGGAACACACCUGACUGCAGUGGGGUGGCGGGAACUCCACGAGCGAAUGCCACCUUUGCCAACAUGUCUGCCGUCGUGUCCGGGGUGACUGAAAUAGUCAACCGGACUAAGAGGACAAGUCCUAGUGAAGAAUACUGGAGGAACUAUGUGCUGAAUACAUCUGAUGGUAUUGGGAACUUUGGGGAGGUGCGACUUCCCAUCCUAGGCUGUCUGGCUGUGUCUUGGGUGGUGGUGUUUCUUUGUCUCAUUCGUGGGGUCAAAUCAUCAGGCAAGGUGGUGUAUUUCACAGCCACCUUCCCGUACGUGGUGCUCACUAUACUCUUCAUCAGAGGAAUCACGCUGGAGGGAGCCAUCAUGGGCAUCAAAUACUACCUGACUCCUCAGUGGCAUAAAAUUUUAGACGCAAAGGUGUGGGGAGAUGCAGCCUCACAGAUCUUCUAUUCCUUGGGCUGUGCCUGGGGUGGGCUGAUCACCAUGGCUUCAUAUAAUAAGUUUCACAAUAACUGUUUCAGAGACAGCAUCAUCAUCAGCGUAACAAACUGUGCCACCAGUGUGUACGCCGGCUUUGUCAUCUUCUCCAUCCUGGGCUUCAUGGCUCAUCAUCUAGGAGUGGACGUGUCGGAGGUGGCCGAUCACGGGCCGGGUCUAGCGUUUGUGGCUUAUCCAGAAGCCUUGACGCUGCUGCCCAUAUCACCUCUCUGGUCCCUGCUUUUCUUCUUUAUGCUCAUUCUGCUCGGGUUGGGCACACAGUUCUGCCUGCUGGAGACUCUGGUGACGGCUGUAGUUGAUGAGAUCGGUACUGACUGGAUUAUCCGAAAUAAGACGUAUGUCACUCUGGGUGUGGCAAUAAUAGGUUUCCUGCUUGGAGUACCACUGACCACACAGGCAGGGAUAUACUGGCUGCUGCUUAUGGACAACUAUGCUGCCAGCUUCUCGUUAGUCGUCAUCUCUUGCAUCAUGUGCAUCUGCAUAAUGUAUGUCUAUGGCCACAGGAACUACUUUAAAGAUGUGGAGAUGAUGCUGGGCUUCCCUCCUCCGAUCUUCUUCAGGAUCUGCUGGAGAUUUGUGUCUCCUUUGAUUAUUACUUUCAUCCUGAUCUUUACAGUGAUCCAGUAUAAGCCUAUUACCUACAAUGACUACGUAUAUCCUAGUUGGUCAUUGGUCAUUGGGUUUGCCAUGGCUUUGUCUUCAGUAAUCUGUAUACCAGUCUAUGCUCUGUUCAAGAUUGCCAUGUCUGAGGGAUCCACAUUUGCAGAGCGUUUGAAGAACUCCGUCAAGCCGGACCCAGACUGGGGCCCGGCCCUCCAGGAGCACCGCAAGGGCCGGUACGCCACCAUGGGCCCCGAAUCUGUGGAGGUGUGUCCUCUCAAAGAAGAACUGAAGGACGACGGCAAAGAGAAACUCAAGGAGAAAGAAACGGAUGAGAUCGGUCUGACCAUCCCCGGAAGCAACGGCUCCACGUUGAACCCCACACCCAGCGCAUAGAGGAGCCCUUCCCCACCCUUCCCCCAGGACGGUUCCCGUUCCCCGCCGUCACCCGCUGCGGGAAAGGCCACUCUCGCUGGAGACCUUUACAUAUUGUAAGGGCUUUACGAAAUCUAACCUCUAGAGAAAUUGGUUGUCAUCCAAAAACCUUUUUCUUUCUGUUCACAUAAUUUAAUACUGCAGUUUUUUUAAAGACAUGUUCUUAUUAUACAGGAGACGUUUGCAUACACGCAGUGUGUAUAUAGCGCAUUGUACAAUAUUUUCACUCUGUGUUGAGUAGUGUGGAGGUGUGACCUGUAGCUACAGGAGCACCAGUAUAGGAUUUGACUGAUGUGUACAGUGGUGGCAGUGCUGGUCAGGUUUAAAAGCUGAAGACCAAAUAGUCUUUGUCAGACACUGUUAAGGGGAGUGUUUACAUUUUCCAUUUAUUUCGGGCAUUAGUUUAUAUGUAUGGGACGGAUCUUAUUCACCUGUACUUGGGUAGAUGUGUAGUCUGAUACCGCCGUUUCAAAGGCAAGUGCAGAUGUCUAAAUAAGCUGAUGGUCAGUAUAAUUUGAAUAUAUGUAGCAAUACGAUUUAAUGGUAGCAAAUGAGUUAUGUAAGGUGUUUCUGUAGAUCAUCUGGUAAAACGUACCCAAGAUUUGCUUCUACUGACUAAACUGAGAGAAAAUCAAGCAUUAAAUAUCCCUUUAAGUUAAAAAAACAAAA